AGAGAAAGCACGAGCAUAGACUGGACCAAUGAGAGAGCAGUGUGCGUCGGCGAGCGGAGACAGGACAGUGAGCGCUCCGGCCGCAGCGGAGUGGAAUCUUUUGAAAUAGGAACACACUAACCCUCCGUUUACAUUUUACCUGGCUGCCGGGGCUUCGGCACCGAUUUAUUUGCCUUAUAGCAGACCUCCCUGCUCCUUCCCUCCGGCCAGCCAUGCAGUCCCAGGGCAGCACCUCGUCCCAGCCCUCCUCGACUCCCUGAGCUCCAGCGACAGCCUCCUGCAGAGCGACUCGGAGCAGGCGGAGGACGACGAGAGCGUGUUCCUGGCGGGCGGCUCCCCCCUCCGUCAUCAUGGAUGGCGGGGGGCCCUGGCAGCGGCGGUGGGUGGAGGCGGAGGCUCGGUGCGGGCCGGCGGGUCAGACAGCCCCGGGUCCCGGUGGACAGACAAGGAGGAGGAGGAGGAGGAGGAGGACAGGGGGUCGGCGGUGGGAGGCCCUGUGCCGCGGACGGAGUCGCCCAGAGGCCCAAGUCCCAGGGAGACCUGCUCUUCGCCAAGAAGUGUGCUGAACUGCAGGGAUUCGUCAACCCCCUUGUUGGAGCUGCUGACCGGACUGAAGAGGGGACGCUCUUGAGCGCGGUAAGCAAAGGCCUGACUGGCUUCCAGCAGAGCGUUGCCGUGGACAGGAUCCAGCGGAUUGUGGGAGUGUUGCAGAGACCCAGUUGCGGGGAGAAGUACCUGAGCACCCUGCUCCAGGUGGAGAUGAUGCUAAAGCUGUGGUUCCCCCACGUCACCCCAGCAGCAGCCCGGCCUCCUCCACCCCUCCCCCCACCCUCAGCUUCACGCUCCAUCCCGCCUCACAAACACAAGGAUCAGUCGCAUAUCCUGUCAAGAAGCGCAGGCUCAGUUGGACCGAUACCGAGUCACCCUCCCCCUCCCGGUGGCUGUCAAACGCCCUUGCAUCACCACCAACGACAACACAGAGAAAAAAAACACCAAGUGGACAGCCUGCCCUCGCUGCCGCUGUCAGACCCGACCCCGACCCCGGAGGAGGCAGACAGAGACCAGGUGGAGCAGUCGAAGGGAAAGGGCAGCGGGAAUAAUGGCAAGCCACCCAACUGCAGUACGGGCCAAUCCUCAGAGCCAAGCCUGACAUGGGUCCACGUCGCCCCGAUCCUGUCCCCAUCAACGCAUAAGAGCCAAGCACUUUCCACAGCAGCAGCAGCGGUAGGGACGGCAGCAAGCGAUAUUACAAACGAGCUGGCAGCUGUUUUUCCCGCUCCCAUUAGCCCGGGCAGUACUGUGAUGCAAGAUAGCUCAGUGACCUCCACCACGCCCCACAAGCACCACCAAACUGAUCUAAAGAUGCCAACCAGCUGCCAAAGCCCACCUGCCGCCGGUCAGCAGACUAAGGGCACAGCCUUGAAGACCUGUCAAAGGGAAACCCUGCCUCCGCCUGUCCCGCCCCCCACCCCCAUCGCGGCUUUGCCCUGCCCCCUUAGAGACCUGAUGCCCCCAGAUUUCACGGAGAACCCACAUACUCAGGCUUUGCUUCACAAUGCAGAGCCUAAAGCCGCUGUGUGAUUGGGGAGUGGUUGAAGACGAUGUUUGAAAUGACAGACAUUUGUUCCUGUCCAGACCAGAAUCUGAACUCUAAAGCAUUUCUAUGUACUUCAAAUCUAUCAAUCACUUGUGCGAUAUCGGCCUGAUGUUUGCAUUUGACUUACAAUCAAAAUUAUUUGCACAAAUAGUUGGAUUUUGAGAGGGAAAGGAGACUGACACCCAAAGGUUAUUAACAAACUAUGGAUCUUGCAAUGAUAAAUUGGUGAAAUUACUUUGAUAUUCGUUUUGAGGUGAAAGGCUAAAUAGUAAUAAUGUGUACAAAAGGAGGUUAAGAAGUCAAAGAAGACGGGAUAUUUGAAAUUAGAAGAAUAUACUAUUGGGGUCAGUGGAAUCAUGGUGUUCACAUCCUGUGAAGACCUAACAAACUUGUGGGUCAAUGGAAAAUUUCAAACAUUUUAAAUUGUUUACCACAAUAUAUUCUACCUACUUCCAGGGAAGAUUUAAUCUAGAAAUGGUUUCUGUAUGGAGUUACUUUUCUUCUUUGAGCAGAACAUCUAGUAAAGUAAUAUAUUGUCAUCUCCUGAAUGUUAUCCACGUACUUUGACUGAGAGAGAGCAAAAAUUUUCCAUCACAGCGAUCACAAGGCUCAGACCUUUAGUGUCAAGUGGUUGGUUUUGGUGGAACUCCUAAUUGUGUUUGGAUGUGCGGACUGGUAUUUAGCCGUGCUGGGAUCCAGAGGAAUGUGUGGUCCAGUCUGAUCUUAGGGAGAACAGAAACAUAAAACAAAAACCACUGAAAGUCAGUUAAUUUAUUCAUGUGAUGAUCUAACACUGCAUAUAUUUAUUGUCUGUAUAUAUUUAUUUGGCAGCUGAAUAACGCCUGCUGUGUGAUAAAGCACAGCUUGGCCUUACAUUUGAACGCAAAAGGUGAACGAAAAAAUGCUGUGUCCUCAUUGGUGACUUUUUAAUCGAUAUCACGAGGUUAAGAAAAAACGGAGGUCUAACGAUUGGCAUACUGUGCCUUUACCAAAAAAGAAGGAUGCAUUAGGGUAAGCAUUUGAGGCUUUCAAUGCAUUCAUUGAACAUUUUGAUUGUCUGCUUGUGUUUUAUACAAACUAGUACACAGUCCCUCACAGAAGCCUAUGUCCUGUCAUCGUAUUAAUCUCGCUUCCAGUUGUAUGUUAGGUAAAGUUGCAGCUAUCGCAACCGCAACAUUGACUAUUUUCAGCUUCUGAGCCAGCUGCCAACCACAGUGUUCUGAUGUCCUUAUCUUUAUAACUGCCUGUAACCAACAAAUGUAUGUAGUUUAGGAUGAAAGUGUACCCUUCCUUUGAACUUACUGAACAAAGAAGGAGUAACACAUCUGCACAUCUUUGGUGCUCUUGGAAAAACUUGAAAAUCACAAGAGAAAAUUGUAAGAACAACUAUUACAUUAUCUGCUGCUGCUGUUGGCUAAUUAUCAUCGAGAUGUCUGAUGAGGAAUCACAGGCUGACUCUGUGUUUGGAAAUCUGCGAGGAAUAUUCAUUAAUGUAUGAGUCGGUUUUAGAAAUGAAUAACAAUCAGAUAUAUUCUAUCUACUUUUAAAAUGUACUGUACAUAUACAAAAUUGGUUUGAGUGUUUAGAAAAAAGUUAUCAACUAGACUGGGGGGGAAAAAUAGUAUGUACCAGAUUCCCACCACAAGUCACCGCACCAUGUGUGAACACAGAGCAGCCGCUCGACGGAAAACUGAGAAACCAAUUGCACUAUUUUGUCAAUUAUUUUUUCCAUGUUAUUAUAUUUUCUACUCCAGUGACCAUUGCUGAUGGGUCGCACAUGAUAUCUUUGUUUCUAACUUGCCUUUUCCGGUAUUGAAGAGGAGGGAACAUCCACUUUCUGAACCCCCCCUUCCCUCCUCUCAUUCCCUCCUCUCAUCCCUCCUCCCUUACACUGAACUCCUCCACCCGCUCUCCUCAUGCUCCCCCCUCCCGAGCACCUAACUAUCUUUGCUAUUUUUCCAUUUUACAUGCUAUCUCUCUUCUGGAUAUCUCUUUUUAAAUAUGAUGCAACAGGAAAAAAAACUUUUAAUAAAUGACCAUUUUGAAAAAUAA